AUGGCGGCCGGCCGCACCCGGGCCGUGCUAGCCGCCCUGGGUGUGCUGGCUGUCUGUGCGGCCAGCGGCUCCGGGCCCGGGGCAGAAGGGGAGCCCGGAGACGAGGCGGAGUGGGCGGAGCCGUGGGACGGCGCGGUCUUCCGGACGCCCUCGGCGCUGGGCGCGGUGGGGGUGGCGCGCAGCCCGGAGCCCCCGCGGCCGGGGAGGAAAGACGCGGCGGACCUGCCGGUGCUGCUGUGGUGGAGCCCGGGGCUGUUCCCCCACUUCCCGGGGGACUCGGAGCGCAUCGAGUGCGCGCGCGGCGCGUGCGUGGCGUCCCGGGACCGGCGGGCGCGCGGCCACUCGCGCACGCGCGCGCUGCUCUUCUACGGCACCGACUUCCGCGCGUCCGAGGCGCCGCUGCCCCGCCUGGCGCACCAGAGCUGGGCGCUGCUGCACGAGGAGUCGCCGCUCAACAACUUCCUGCUGAGCCACGGGACGGGCAUCCGCCUCUUUAACCUCACCGCCACCUUCAGCCGCCACUCGGACUACCCGCUGCCGCUGCAGUGGCUGCCCGACGCCGCCUACCUGCGCCGCGCCGCGCCCCCGCUCCGGGAGCGCGCCGAGUGGCGGCGCCGCGGCUACGCGCCGCUGCUCUACCUGCAGUCCCACUGCGACGUGCCCGCCGACCGCGACCGCUACGUGCGCGAGCUCAUGCGCCACAUCCCGGUGGACUCGUACGGGAAGUGCCUGCAGAACCGGGAGCUGCCCACGCCGCGGCUACAGGACACGGCCACCGCCACCACCGAGGACCCGGAGCUCUUGGCCUUCUUGUCCCGCUACAAGUUCCACCUGGCCCUCGAAAACGCCAUCUGUGACGACUACAUGACCGAAAAACUGUGGCGCCCCAUGCACCUGGGCGCCGUGCCCGUGUACCGCGGCUCCCCCUCCGUGAGGGACUGGAUGCCCAACAACCACUCCAUCAUCCUCAUUGAUGACUUCGAGUCGCCCCAGAAGCUGGCGGAGUUCAUUGACUUUCUGGACAGGAAUGACGAGGAGUAUAUGAAAUAUCUGGCUUACAAACAACCCGGGGGCAUCACCAACCAGUUCCUCCUGGAUAGCCUGAAGCACCGGGAGUGGGGGGUGAAUGACCCAUCGUUGCCCAACUACCUCAACGGCUUCGAGUGUUUCGUCUGUGACCAUGAGCUGGCCAGGCUGGAGGCCGAGAAAGCCCACGCAGCCUCCCCCGCUGACACCCCUGUCCCUGAGCCUCGCAUUGCCCAGCCCUCACACAUGGACUGCCCAGUGCCAACUCCUGGCUUUGGCAGCGUGGAGGAGAUUCCUGGGAGUGACAGCUGGAAGGAGAUGUGGCUGCAAGACUACUGGCAAGGCCUGGACCAGGGGGAAGCUCUCACUGCCAUGAUCCACAACAAUGAGACACAGCAGGGGAAGUUUUGGGAUUACCUACACGAGAUCUUCCUGAAAAGGAACCAAAAUCUCUAA